AUGGGCCAGUUGGAGACAUUAACCGCAUUAGCUCUUGGUCGAGGACACUAUGAAGAAGAGGUGGUCUGGACCUCGGAAUCAGAGAGUAAUGGCCCUCAAAAAUAUAACUCUCGUGGUCAUCCCAGAAAUCCCGAGACAAAAAAAAGGGAAAGAGAACACAUCCGUGCAGCAAACGAAGUAAUGCAAGUGACUGGAGUUGUUGAAGACGCUGCUACUGUAAGAGCUAAAUCGAGUGAAGAUGAGGCAGAUAGACAGCUUGAAAGCUUCAUCGGAUUUCGAUUGAUGGAGGUCGGACGAGCCUGUCUUUAUAUGGGAGUUUGGAGCGCCGUCGGGUUAAGGAGGCGAAUUUUGCUAUACAGGCCAUAUUCUACUCUCCAAAUAAGAAGAAUAUUAAAAAGCGAAAGAAAUGUGCACUCAAUUAUUCAUCUGCUCUUCUCAGGUCUUCCUACGAUAUUGAUCCCUCAUACGCUUGACUAUGUCAUUCUAUUUUUCGAAACGAUUCUAGACCAUCUAUACGGAUCGGAUGAAAAUCGAGAAACUUUCAUUCCAUUAGGGACAAGAGCUCUUGUUAGGCGGACUGCUAGAUGGACAUACAAUUAUUUUAGAAUUCAGUUUCAGUUGUUUGCUAUUUUACAACAGCUUAACCUUACCCCUGAAUCAAGAUUCUUACACAGCCUUAAAUCAUUUAUUCCAUUUCAAGAAACUUCAUUAGUCAGGUUAAAGCCAAAAGAUACAAACAGCACCUGGCAACUUCCAUUAACUUGGGCAGGAGCCCUUAUCUUUAGUACUGCACCGCUACUAGCUGUCUGGGGGUAUGAAAAACUUAAAGUCACAGUCUCAGCACUUAUAUAUAGACGAAUAUACAUGCGACUACCUAGACCAGCAGGGUCAAGUAUAUUCUCUGGUAUUCCUGUUGAUCUCUUGAGAACAGAACGAAAUAGUGCAGAUCAAAUAUCAUCUUAUGUUCAAGACUCUGGACCUAAUAUAUCAUGGGCAGUGAACUCCAACCAUCCUGAAGCCCAAUCACCUAGUAUGGGUCAAGAUGCAUCAGAUGACGAGGAUGAUGAAAUGAACCAUGCCCAAUUGAUCAGCUUUGAUGUGGAGCCUACUGAAUCUGCUGAUGCGAAUCGAGGUCCUUGGUCUGCAGAGCUAAGGAGUUCUAAUGAUAGCAAGCAAUCAGGCGUAACCCGGUAUCGAGUUACUGGCUUGACCCUACUCCCAACAAUAUUGGCGGCUGAAAGAUGGCGAGACAUUAUAGCUGAUAUUCUUGUAAUGCCCAUCGAAGCCUUAAUGGUCAGAUUCAUCGGUAGGGCUUAUCGAAUCAACAACGCAUUCAGUGUCGAGGACAUCUUUGAACCCAAUCUUAGAAUUACCGGGUUUUCAAAUCUAAUGAUGGCAUACACACUACAAUCAGCUAUUACUGGUGUCAUCUGGGGCUUAAUCACAUUCAGCACAAACCGGUAUGCAAUAAGAAGGCAAAAAAUACAUCCCAAGUCACACCUCUUGGAUAGGGAGUAA